AUGCUCGUCAAAGAUCGUGUAAGUUCAUUUAUUCUCUUAACUGAAAUAAUUAUUUUGAUUAUUUCAAUUUUUCCAGAUUCGAUUGGCAGAAAAUGUCGUAAAACUGGAGGAUUUUCUCAAGAGAUUGGAAGAAGCAAGAAUGAUUAUUCCUGAUGGAAAUUCGCAACUUUUUCAGUCAGUUGUCAAAAUGAUUUGCCUACUGAAAGUGAUUAUUGGAAAUAAAAAAACUUGUUUGACAACUAAAGUGAGUUUUAGGCUGAAUUGUAAAACAGGAGCUCCCACAAAUCAUACGUCUUUAUUUCAAUAUCAAAAUUUCUGGGGCCUGAAAAUGUAGGGAUAUUUUAUGCAAUCUGUUCAAACGGUGGACGUAUUUUCACAUAGUUUGGACAUUUACGGAAUGAAUAGAAAAAAAGAAAGAAAAUUAGUGAGUAAUAAGGAACGCAAAAUGCCGUUUAUACCUAAAACAUUGUUGGACUCCACCAAAUGUAGAGACUUUUGGGGAUUAAAAAUGAUGAUUCAUAAUUUUAUGUUUUGAACAAAAUAACAUCUUUAAUUUUUAUUAUUCAAUAAAUUUACAGUGUGUGGAUGAGUACAUUCAAACGAACAAUACAAUUAUUGAAACAUGUGAUGAUGUGAUUGCGAGUUUGAAACAAAUGUGGAACUGUGUCAAAAAGGACGACAACACAGAGAAAAUUGACAAACCGACUGAUGUUGUUGUUGUUGUUGUCGCCAAGAAGAGAUGUCAUAGAUUGGAGGAGUUGCGCGCGAGAAAUUUGACUCGUCGUGUAAAAGCAUUGUUCAUUGAUGUUUUCAAUUCCGAAUGUGUUCAUGAUUCCGAGAUUUGA